CCGCCUGUGAGCGACGAGAGGUAUCGUUGCCAUGGAAACGCGUCCCCGUGCGACAAACUGACCUUUAAUGGAGGCUCCAGGAAACACGAAAAGACACAGCAUGAGUAUAAAAAUACAUAUAAACCGUGGAAAUGACCUGCAAUCAAAAAAAGGAGACAGCUUUCAGAGUUUGGUGCGGGUUGAGUUUGAUGGAACAUUGCUGGGAGAGUCAGAUGAGAAGCAGGGUAACCCCAUGCAGGACUUUAUUGACUAUAAAUUUACCUGCAUCUUCCGCUGGCCAAACGACGCUCAGGCUCUCAGUGACAUUGCCCAAAAACCCAUUGUAUUGACAGUGAUAGAAGUCCUGGCUGAGGAGAAGAAUGAUGAACCAAGACAAGUGCCUCUGGGCCAGGCUGUUGUUGACCUUCUACCACUGUUACAAGGUCAGUGCAGUUUCUCAUCCACAGUCUCUGUCAAUUCGGUGCCCAACCUCCGGGCCAAAUCUGCCCAGGACACCGGCCUCAAGUUCCCCAACAAAGAUAGGAGUGCAACCAGAAUGAAGCAAGGAUCCAGCCAAGCAGUUUUUAAAUGGAAAAUGAAGGUGCCUACCCUCGAUGUGAGUGUCAGUGUGUUGGAUCCAAUACUGUCCGAGGCUGACCUCUCAGCCUCUAAUCUACUAAAGGUAACUUUGGAGACAGCCUACUCUGUCCCAGACUCAUGGAUGCUGCCAUCCGGCCCUGCUCCCACUACCUUCACAUACACUGCUGCCCUAGAGAUCCCUCUUACUGCAGACCAAGACCAAGUGCUAGUGUUCCCUGAAGGGCAGCUGAAGGCAGGGGGGCAGGGAGAAGAAAAGGAACGUCAGAAGAAGAGGCCCCAUAGGGACACACUAGCUCCAGAGAACCACUUCCUGCCUGGAGUCUUUUUCAAGCCAGAGGAAAUUGAUCAGGAGGAUGGUGAGCUGACUGCUCGAGAGGACCGGGCAUUUCGUGAUGAGGCAGAGACCACGAAGAACAGAGUGAGCUGGGACACAGAGAUGUACUGCUUUCUGGACGCAGGGGGAACUACAAGGCUGAAGCAAAGGAUAACUAAGAGCAGAUUGUGGCCAGUGGAGAUCAUGAGGUCAUUGGCUCCAUUAUCAAAGUUAGGUGCUGAGGACUCAGAAAUCCCCUACCAUGGUUUGGCAUUUAUAGACUUUGGGCAGCUGCUGUAUCCUGGAGUCCAGCGAAUCCGAGGAGCAUACAGCGUUCAGCCUUUCUCUGAGGAAGAUUUGCUGAAUAAGGCCAAGCGAAGCAUCAGUGUUUUAAAGGAAAAAGCUAAGGAAGCUGCCAGCCAGGCCAAAGAUAUUGUCAGCUCUAACAAAGCAGGAAAGAACAUGAAUGGAAGCAACAAGGGACCCACAGAUUCCAAUGAGCAAGGCAAAAAGAUGUAUGUGGAGGCCAGAACUUAUAUUAUCAUUGAGAUAGCCUUGGAGAAACCGCUGGUACCAAAACCAUCACCAGAAGAGCUAGCCCAAAGGGUGACGGCAUUGAUCCCUCCCAAACCUAAACGUCCAGCUGGUCCUAGUAGAGCAGAAAGAGCUGUGCUGGACUUCCACAGGCAGGUAGCAAACACGGUGUCCCAUGUUUCAGAACAGUGUGAGGAACUAUUUGGAACAAGUUGUGAAAUUCCCCAAGACGACAGCUUGGAGAAAAUGAAGAUUCAGUUGAUAGGAGCGCUCAAUGACUCUGGGAGAUACUUUGUCUUCAAGGAACAAAUGAAGCAUGCGGUGGUGAGGAUCGUACGUGACAAGAUGAGGCGGACAGAGCCGUUCACGGAUGAUCAACAGCUGAAGGAAUUUGCCAGCAAACUCUAUGUCUACCUGGUUGAUGAGAUGCACGUUGCUAUGAGCAAGAUUUAUUCUCCAGAUGCUGUUGAGGGCUACCCAGAUAACAUCCAGUUACACUGUUCUCAGCUCUCACAUUUUGCCAGAGAGGCACAGCUUACUGGGAAUUACGAGCAGGCUGCAUAUUACUGGAAAGAGCUAGUGGUCAGGCACCCAAAUGAGCCCACCUAUAUGUUUGAGUGGGGGGGCCUGUACAUGCUGACCGGAGACUACCUGAAGGCAAAAGAGUGUUAUCAUGAUGCUGUGUCUAUCGACCAAGUGCACCAACCCAGCCUGAUGAUGUGUGGGGUAUUGGCAGUGAUGUUUGAGCAUUACAGUGAGGCCCAGACUUUCCUUGAGCGAGCCACCAGCCUAGACCCUCUCAGCGUGGUGGCCUGGACACUGCUGGGUUUGUUCCAUGUGGGUCAGAACGACUCCAUCCAGGCUGCGAGGGCUUUUAUGGAGGCCACAAAGCUGUUGAAUGCAGAAGAGGCAAAAAAGCAAGAGCAGAGCGAGGAGAAGGGGGAGAAAGACAAGGAGGAGAAACACCAAGAGGAAGAGAACAAGCAGGAGGCAGAUGAAACAACAAACUCUCCCAGAGUUAUGCAAGAACUUGUUGACCAGGAUUCAGAGAUGCAGAAAGAAGAGCCUCCAGCACCGAGUGUCAGCUUGAAAUCAGCUCCUGCUACUAUUUACACACAGAUCAUCCAAUUCCUGCUGCAGAACAAUGCACUGCAGAUGGCAGAAGUCGCUCUAUCUGAGGAGCUCCUAUGUUCAGAUGGCGGUCGCAGUGCUUCCUACUUCAUUCAUCUGGCCCAGUUGCAGCUGCUUAAAGCAGACUACUGCAGUGCUGCUGCCAACCUCAAAGAGGCACUGUCCAGCAUAGAUCAGGAUCCUGAUGCAUGGGCUUGGAAUGGUCACUGUCACUAUCUACGAGGGGAGUUCCAUGAGGCUGAGGAGAGCUACGAGUGGAGCUUCAAAUUCCAGCAGAAGCCAUCAGACUCUCACAUUGUCUUGCUCCGCCUGGGAUCCAGCUACUUUAUGCAGGAGAAGUUUCAGGAAGCCAAGGUUGUGUACCUGCAGGCCUGUGAACAGUCUCCAUCCUGCCUGACCUGGCUAGGCCUGGGCGGUGCAUGUUACCGGUUGGAGGAGUUUUGUACAGCUGAGGAAGCUUUGACUGAGGCCAACCAUUUGGACAACCAGAAUGCAGAGGUCUGGGCUUACCUGUCUCUCAUUUGCCUCAAGUCUGGCAAAAAGGAGGAAGCAGAGAAGUUUUAUAAAUAUGCAAUACGGUUCAACCUACAGAUGGAGUCACUCCACAAAGAGUUUGAAAAGUUGAAGAAUCAGCUUCGCUUCCAUCAUCUGGAGUCAUGCUUUGAAAGAAGCACUGAAGCAAAAGAAUAAAUCAUAUGUCCAAAUCACCUACAGAGAGUAAUGCCAGCUAGACGAUGCAAGCUUUUAUCCACUUAUGAGCUUAUACAUGUAUAAAAGUGGCACCCACAUGGUGAUGAAAUGUGAUGUCACUGCCUGGAAGAGUAACCAGUAACAACAGGCGACAGGUAAAGGAAAAAUAAAAAGGUGGGUGAAAUGAUCAUACAGUUUACUAGGGCAUUAAUGGGUUGUUGUUGUUGUUGUUUUUAGCUUAAAUCUGUACUGCUGUUUUGAACUGCUUCACCUGCUUGUAUUGUCUCCAUGUAUUUUCUCCUGUCUCAUUUGCAAAAUCUAAAUUUAAUUAUUCAGUCAAAAUGUAAACAUUUAUUUUACAAGUUAAUAUGUAUAAUCAGAUUAUAGAGUGGAAAAAUCCUAACCUUUUGUACUGUAUACUCUUCAGUGUUUACAUGAAAACAUUCUAAAUGAAAAGAGGUACAUUUGUUGCAUGAACUUGU